AUGGACACGAACAUGCGAUCGGCCAUAACCCCUCGGGAAAGAUUGCUUAUAACGCUACGGUUUUUAGCAGCAGGAGAAACGUACACUAGUCUGCAGUAUUUGUUUCGGGUUUCAAAAUCGUCGAUCAGCAAGGUGGUACCGGAAGUUUGCGAUGCAAUUAUGGAGGCAUUGCACGAUUAUAUAAAGCUACCGUCAACCAAGGAGGAGUGGUUGGAUGUUUCGCAACGAUUUGAGGAGCGAUGGAAUUUUCCUCACGCCAUCGGAGCGAUUGAUGGGAAACACAUCCAUAUAAAAGCUCCGAAGCAUAGCGGAUCGCAAUAUUUUAAUUACAAAGGCUUUCACAGCAUCGUUAUGCUUGCUCUAGUUGAUGCGGACUACAAUUUUCUCUCCCGGCACUGUUUUAAAUCGGAAAACGCCACACCGGGCCGUGGGACCGGAACGGUAGCAGAAUCGCACAACUCGUCCACUGCGCUGCCGUGCGUGUUUAUGUCGUCCUCGUGGGUGCUGCAAUGA